AUGGCGGCGGAAAUGACAAAUUACCUCUCCCAGCAUCUCCCACGAAGAGUUCGCUCCCUGUUACACAAGAAAUCUUGCAAUCCUGUCUUGAUGCAAUGUCCAAGAAACACCUGGCAAACAUUCACCGCUCAAUUAGCUAUCUGCGCAAAGAUGUCCAGGAACUGA